GAUAAAUGUCAAGAAGGUGAUGAGAUCAAGAUAGACUCCAGCACAUGUACAUCCCACAGUCAAGAAAACAACAGCUACCAAAAGCAUCACCAUCAUCGACAUCACACCCACCAUCAUAACUCCCCACACAAGAAGCACUCUACUAGGAAACAUGAAAGUAAUUGUGACCAUAUGGAUGGUGAACGUGAGUUGUUGCAGAUCUCACCACUAAAAAUAUUGAUUCGGGAUCCAUUAAAAGCUGCAUUGAAAUCCAAAUCUCUUUCUGUCAAUGUUAAUGAUGAGCACUUUGAUGCACCUAUUUAUUCCAAAAGUUCAGUAGACAAUUUUGAUAGUAACAUUUGCAAUCAAGAGAUUUUCAAUGGAAUAAAUGAGGAUGCAAAUUUUAAAACUAAUGUGGAACAACUGGCAAUAAAUAAUGAUUUUAAAAAUGAUAACAUCAAUGAAAGAGUUAAUAGUAUUUUACCAAUACCAGUGAUUGUAGCACCUGUAGACAAGCAUGAUGUCUGUCUUAACCAUUCAGAUAUAUUGUCAGUAAAUAUAAAAAAUCUUCAUGAGGACAGCAAGGAUGAGAAAAUGGUUCACAUUGAACCCAUGGGUCAUGUUGAUCAACCAGAACUAAGGUUGAAAUCAGAAGAUAAUCAUCAACAAUUUAUGAAAGAAAAUGGUCAUGAAAUAGUUGAUGAAGGAUUUAAGCCAGAUACUAAUAAUAAAGUAAACUUGAAUGAGAUAAUUAAAACUGAAAAAGGAUUGCAUGAAACUUUGGACUGUUCAAUUACUGCUGAUAAUAAAUGUGAUAUAAAUUCUGAGGCCAUUAAGCAGGAAGCUGGCUUUUUAAACAAAAUUUCAAAAAGCAAUACCUCAUCUAUAGACAAUUCACACUGUGCUGAUAAGAAACAAAAAAAUGAAACUAAAAACCUUAACAUAAAUCAGUCAUCAUUAGUGUCUUCAAGCUAUGAUGCUGCAGCUAAGCAUGCAUCUUCCAAAGAUAAAUCUGCCCUCACAUCAAGCAAAGAUGGCACACAUCAUUCAUCAAAUUCUACUAAACAUAAAGCUUCAUCAUUGCUGCCUUCGUCAACAAGUCAAUCUAAACCGAGCCAUACUUCAACAUGUAAUUCUCAUCGAAGUGAAAAGCACAAAUCUCAGUCAAGCAAAGAUCACUCAUCUGUUAAGCCAUCGUCAUCAACAUCUUCGUCCAAAUCAUCAAGGAGUUCUCAUAGAGAUCAUAAACAUUCAUCUUCAAAACAUGCCAAGUCAAACCGCAGCGUUCAAACAGAUGACUUUAGCCUGAUAAAUCCAUCUACAUUCAAGCCUGAAUACCCUAUGAGUUAUGUAAAUACACUUUACCGCUUAAAUAUGUGUCAAAACUAUUUUGAGGACAUCAUUCAACCACAGUUCAGAAAAUACAUUCAUGUUGAAAGAUAUACUAAUGGUGGGGCAUUUGUUUUGCAUGCUUAUCAUGAUGAACUUGCAGAAAUGGAUAGUAAAAGCAUGGAGAAAUUUGUAGACCAUUACUUUGACUUAAUGUUUGGGGAGGAGAAAGAGGGUGAAAGUCGUUUUGUCAUGGGAAUCGUGCACAGUGCAGCUCGGCCAAUGCCAGAUUUUCUAGAUUAUUUAGUUGAACAUUACCCGCAUCUUACGGUAAAAACUGGCAACAAAGGAAAAUCUGAUAUUGAGACAACUACUAUUGAAAAAUUUAGAGAGCAGGUUGGUACUAUCCUACUUAUUUUUAUUCAAAUAGUCUUAUUUUCAAUUCUUAGGUACACAUGUGAAUAAUUGUUUUACCUUGUAAGAAUUACAACCUAGUUGCUAUAAAGUAUAAUAGUUCAGUUCUGUGAAAAUUAGACUCCUGCCAUGUUUGAAAAAAAUACUUUACAUAUUUACAGUUAAUGGUUAUUUAAACACCAUACAGAAUCAAAGAUUAAAUAAAGUAAGACGGGUAUGCCCUAAUUUGCAAAAACGUGUUUGCCGGUGUCAGUAAUAGUUCUCUGUGAAUUGUACUCCUUUCAAGAAGAAUUUAAUAAUAAAAUAUAUAAUAAAUUAAUUAAGGCUAGGGAUUUAGUUUUAAAGCUUAACAAUUUUUUUUUUCUGAUUAAGAAAGGAGGUAAAUAAAUAUCUUAUAAGACAUAUUCAUAAAAGUUCAAAAGCUAAUAUAUUUCAACUUUAAAAAAUAAGCAAUAAACCAUUUUAAUUAUUUUUAUCAUCUACGUGACAAUUAGAAAGUCUCUGAGUUAAAAACAAUAUUUAAUUAACAACCUUUCAGUUUUUAAUUGGUAGUAGUAGUGUGGCUUCACCAUAUUGUAAUUUUGAUGGUGUUGUGUUCAAAGUUAUUAUUUAUAUUUUUUUAAUGUUGUAGCGCCAAUCCCUAUCAUGAUGUCCAUUUCAAUAGCUGGUACAAACAAAUCCAAUAGGGGGUAUUAUUUUAAAGCACCUUUACAUCGGAGUGCAAAAUAAUAAUUCACUUCAUUUCUGAGGGAAAAUAUAAAACGUAUCUAGGUCAAACAUUAAAAGAUUUUUUUUAUUUUUUCUUGAGGUCACCUAUUAAAUAUUGAAAAUAUGGAGUUAUUCGCACUAAAUCCCAUUUCUGAUAAAAGCUCUAGUCUUGUCACUGAUCUUGCAUGAAAAAACCCAAUUUAAUGGAGAAAAAUAUUUUUUUCCCCUGUAAGAUUGAGAAUUAGUAGGUUUCUAUUCACUAGGCUACCUGUUAAAAAGUAUAAGAACCCUUGCUAUUUUAGUAAAUACUAAACAAUUGAGCCCUUUUUUUCUACUGACACAGGAAUAUUGUAUUUAUGUUGCAGAUUGAUCAAACUUACAAGGGUGGAGUUUUCCGUGGCGGCGGUCUGGAUCAAAUUAGUCUUGUUGGCACAGUCAAUGAGGAGGUAGGGGAUUUUUUCCCAGAUUUCCUGGACAAACUUGAAUCCGACCCUUUUAUUCGUGCUGUGACACCAUGGGGUCGUCUGUCAAAAGAGAAAAUGAAAUCUCGAAAAGAAAGUGAUGAUGGUCCUAUACUAUGGACUCGUCCAGGUGAACAGAUGAUUCCACCAGCUGAAAUGCCAAAGUCUCCGACGAAAAGAAAACGGUAAUUUUACUAUUUCAAAAGUUAAAUUCUUCCUUGCUGGAUUUCAAAUUGUAACUGCCCUGAUUGGUUAAUUUUUAUAGGCGCCACAUUAAGGGAUUAAAAAUGAACUGUUUCUUAAAUUCCGCUUUACAAGUUUUAUUAUUUAUUGAAAUAAAACUAGGGAUGACAAAUGCAAUAUUGGUUUUUAAAAUUAUGUGGGUGGGGUUUUUUGGGGUUUUUUUUUUUUUUGCAUAUUGUGGAGAGUUCGGACCACGACGGCGCCUGACGUAAUCCGUACGACGGCGCCUGACGUAAUCCGUCUGACCACCCAAGCUUGUGGAGAGUCGGACCACGCACGAGCGUCGGACCACGACAUGAACAAAAACGUAGUCGCCAAAUGAAAUGUACAAUAUGUUGUCACAGCGCUCAUUUUGAUGCAAAGUUUCUGGUUUUCAUCGAUCUUUUAUGAAAGCACCUCAAAUAUAUUGAUAUGAAGCCUGAUAGAAACUGACAGUUGGAUUUAAAUCAGAUUUCUAAAUUUAAAAAUGCCUCCUCCCCCACCCCCCCCCCCGAACUGUAUUGACACAAAUCAUCAAGUCUAUGUAAACAGAAUUAUUUUAAAAAGUGCUUUUGAAGGUAUGAACAAAAACAAAAUUAUAAAACUCAGAUAGCUUGCACACAGGUAGCUUGCACACAGGGGUAAGAUGAAUUAUUUAAAACAAAAUUUUAUAUUUAUUUUUCUUAUUUAAAUGUUUCUAGGGGAGCUAAUGAACUAAAGAAUCUUCAUUACUUGCCACGUGCUUCUGAGCCCAGAGAGUUUCUGUUUGAGGAUCGUACCCGAUGUCAUGCUGACCAUGUAGAUCAUGGACCAGAUAGAAUGACAACUGCUGCAGUGGGAAUGUUGAAAGCAGUACACAAAAGAGGAGAUAAGUAAGUCAUCUAUAUGUUUUGGUAAAUUUCAAACUCUAAAAUCUGUUUAUGCCAAUUUUGAAUUGAAUGACCUCCCUUAUUUGAAACCCACACUUGGUUAGUGAAUUCAAAGCUUUCUGAAGGGAAAAAAAGAUCCUUUUCAGCUAAAUUUUGUAAAAAUCAAAUGGCUAAUAUUUUUCCUAUACAUUAUUUGAAUUCUUUUUUUUAUAUAUAUAUAAAAUUAUAUAUUUUUUUAAAAUAAUUUUUCUUAACUACUGUAUCAAUUUAAAAUCCAGCAUAUUUAUCAUAGAAAUUGGUAUAAUUUGGGUUACAGCGCUCAGAUUUAAACUAAAGUCCAUUUUAAAAUAAUUAGACUUGAUUAGUGUAUUUAAUCCCAUUGAUAAUUUUUUUGAUAAUUUCUUCUGAAAUCUUUUCUAAUAAUUCACCCUACAUUUCUGUUCCUUUUGAUGGAUACAUUCUAUUGACUUUAUAUUUUUAAAUUCCCUUUGUAUCCUCAGUGAUGAAUACGAUCCCCCUGAAGGCCGUAUUGUUAAAGAUGUCAUCUGUUUCCACCCUGGGGACUUUGCCCAGCUGACUGACCUACUGCAGUUGGACCUCCAUGAACCUCCUGUCUCACAGGUUGUCACUAUGUCUUAAAUCUCCAUGAAUCUCCCAUCUGACAGGCUGUCACUAUCUCUUAAAUCUUCAUGAAUGGCCUGUCUCACAGGUUGUUAUCAUGACUUUAAUCUCCAUGAACUUCUUGCCUCACAGGUUGUCACUAAAAUAGGCAUUUUAACUGUAUCCUUUAGUAGGAGGAAAUAUCAAGUGCCAACAAUCCUAUUUACUAAUGGUUCCCAAACUUUAUGAUCCAGCACCCUUGCUGAUCAGUUGUUGUUUCUUCAAAAUGCCCUCUGUCUAAUUCUCACAAGUAAACUGCAAAGUAAAGAAGAAUAUGUGUUUUAAAAUGUGGGUUAGAUGAAAAGAAAGAUAUAUAAAAUAUCACAAAUCUCUCUAUAGUAACCAUAAGUACAGGCUUGUGCAAACAAUGAUUUGUAAGUGCGUUACUUGUUUUCCCCAGGUCAUCUAAAUGUUGUGUCCUAUCUCUUUAAAAUGAAAGUUAUUCUAAUAUUUUGCGAAGCCCUUUUUUGCGCAGCUUGCAUAAACUUUUGGAACCACUUUUCCUUACAAUGUAAUCAAGUAUUAGAUUUGUGAAAAUUGGCAAACCUUAAAAAUAUCGUUUUAUCUCAAAUUUAUAUUGCAAUGUUUAUUUUUGAGAUUUGUUUUAGCUACAUUACUAGAAGCUAAUUUUUACUAUUUAGUGGUUGGCGAAGGAGCAUACUUAUCUUAUACAUAAAUUAAGGAUAAAUGUCACAAUAAGGUUGGCGCAGCUCUUGACUUGAUGUUAUAUCAGUCUUCACUGGCACCUGAUUUUUUUUUAAAAAUAUGAUCCAUGAAAGAGGACGAAUAUAAAUUUAUUAAGAGCCAGAUUCAACCAUCUGCAUACUAGAUGAACAAUUGUUGUCACAACGUUAAUGAAUAAUUAUUUUACUUUUAUUAAAAGUUACUUGGGUAAUAUUUUUUUAUUUGUAAAAAAAAGAAACUCAAAUAACCUGUAAAACAGACAAUUAAAUCCUAUAAUUGUCAUUAGCUUUAUCUGCUUCAUUCGAUUAUUUAGCUUAUCUAUUGUUAAAUACUUUUUAGGGAUGAUCGGGUGUAGGGGGGGGGGGGGGGCUGUUUUGACUCAUAAAUAAAAAGUCUAAUUAAGGGAUACAGGAGCAAAAUAAAGACCUAUGCAUGAUCAUAUCUUUUAUAUCUAUUUUUAACAUCUCUAGUUUGACCUAUUUAUAGAAAGACUUUGACUUGGUAUGCUUGUAAUUAGUUUUUGCAGUGUUGCGUUUGUAUUAAAUGUGGUAAAUUAUAGAUUUGUUUUUUUGUUGACUUUGUACCGCGCUUCGAGCCUUUGGGGAUGAAGCGUGUUUUUGAAAUAAACUUUAUUAUUAUUAUUAUUUGUCUUUCCAUUUCAGUGUGUCGCCUGGGUGGAAGAUGCGAAGUUAAAUCAGCUUCGUCGGGAUGGCAUACGCUACGCACGUGUCACUUUGAGAGACAAUGACAUUUACUUCAUUCCACGAAAUGUCAUCCACCAGUUUAGAUCUGUAUCCGCUGUUACAAGCAUUGCCUGGCACAUAAGGUCACUACUUUAUAGAGAGUUAUUUUAGAAGCUCUUCUCUAUCUUGCAAGCCUGAUAUUUAACUUAAUCAGGUUAAAUUGUAAUUGAGAAUUUUUUUUAAAUAGGAUUGUGAAAGUUGCUUUUUGUAUUUUUAAAACAAGUAAAACGUUUGGUCCUGGGAACUAGGGUUGCAGAGGUGAGCGAAUUGGCACCAUAUCGCUUCAUCUGCCCAUUUUAAUGGCUGCCAUACAUGUGUUCAUAGUUAUUUGCUUCUUUCAGAUAAUUUGGGGGGGGGGGGGGGGGGGGGGGUUGUGUGUGUGCCUGGAAGAGAACUUGAAAAUAAAAGUGGCUUGUGUACAAAGAAAAAUGGCAUCUUGUCCCAAAGGGAGCAUCAACCUGAUCUUAACGGUCCUAAGAGAGCAUGAGGCUUGAUUCAUUUGGGGGGAAAUCUUUAGGAAAUGUAAUUGUUGAACUAUAAUAUUAGAUCAGUGGCUCUCAACCUUCCUAAUGCCGUGACCCUUUAAUACAGUUCCUCAUGUUGUGGAGACCCCCCAACCGUAAAAUUAUUUUCUUUCCUGCCUCAAAAAUAUGUGUUUUCCAAUGGUUUAGGCGACCCUUGUGUAAAGGUCAUACGCGCCACAGAGGGGUCACAAUAACAUGCUGAGAACCGCUGUAUUAUAUAGUGGUGGAGUUUUAUGUAGUUUAUAAGGGUCUGUUAAGAUUUAUGCACUCAGGUUAAACAUUUGUUGUCAAAUUUCUUGUUUGAACAGGUUAAAAAUCUACUACAAGAACUUGUUCCAGUCAGCUGAAUCACCACAAGCCAAGGACAAUCAAAAACAAGAGGUGACCAGUACAGACCAGUCAAUGAAAACUGAACCCUCUGAGCUUCCCAAUAAUUGUGCGUCACCGGUCAAGCAGACGUCAACCUUUACACCAACAGAGACAUCUCCAGCCAAAGUGUCUGUCAUCGACCCUGAUGAGGUCCCAUUGAAAACACCUGCAAAACAUAAAGAUAUCAGCACCAACAACACUGAUGCUGUCAAACUAAAAAACAAGCACAGCAAUGUCAGUGGUGACAGGAAUGAGAAGAAAACACCAGAGAAAAAUAAACCAUACAAGUCAAAAACUGGUGAGAAAAGCAGCAAAUUAGCAGAGAAAGGUUCAUCGACACCGUCUAAAGACAAAAUUGUUGUGCCCAAAGCUGAGAAGGCUGCUUGUAAUCACACUAAGGAAACCACCCACGUCAAGGAGGAGAAGACACCGCCAGCUAAAGAUAAAAAUAACUUUGCUGUGAAGAGUGAACCGAAAGAGGCCAGUGGAUCUGAGAAAGACAAGAAGACAAAAUUUGAUUUGAAAUCAAGUAUGUUGGCCCCUAUGAAAUCAAGUGUGGUUGCCCAGAUCAGCGAAACAAAUCAGUCAGCAGUUAAACACAAACAGGCAACAGAUAAACACAAAACAUCCCAGGGGAAAGUGAAGGAUGACAACAAAUCCCAUAGAAAAUCAUCGGGUGUGACAGACGACAGCAGGAAUGUAAGCGCCAGCACUAGUGGUAAGUCUGUCAAAGCCAGCGAGGUUAAGCCAGACGGUAGUAAAUCAAGGGUGGCAGAUUCCAAGCAUGGGAACACUUCAAAGGGCAGCUCUUCAAAGAAUGGAGUCAUUAAAAAUGAUACGAGUAAAUUGAAACCUGUCGAAAAUAAAUCUGAAAAGUUGUCCACAAGCAUAAAUCCACCUAAAACUGAAACAAAGACGAGUAAAUCAGGCGGCGAUGUCCUGAAGGAGAAGCAUGUGAGCACCCACAGUAAAUCCAACAAAGACAGCUCAAGCUUAUCAAAGUCCUCCCAAGAUGGAACAAUGUCUACUAAAGAUGAAAAGUCUCUAACUGGACAUAAACCUUCAUCGCCUGACAAAGGCAGAUCAGCGAAACAUAUCAACGGAAAUACUUCCAAGCAUUCUAAAGAACAUGCACCAUCUUCAUCGAGAAAACAUGACAAGUCGCGGACUGAGAGUGAGAGAAGAAAACAUCACAGUGUUAGGGCAUCUCAAUCCCCUUGUGGUAAGAAAAUGGUGGAUCCUGUACUGGCUCCUGUGACACAGCAGGGGUUAGAGCCCCCAGUGUCAGUGAGCAUUGCAAGGCAAACUGAUGCCGGUCAAGACACUCAACAUGAAGUAGCUGUUGCUGAG